AUGUUGGUGGAUCAAAAUACAGCAUAAGGAAAUGUUAUAAGGUAUAACAAAGUAGGAUAUACUGUAAGGCAUUCUUAUGGUAAAUUUUAUAAAUAUGAAACAAUCUGUGUUGCAUGACCAUGUUUUUUCUUUUAAUUGUCAUAAUAUGAGUGCAUGUGCUGCAGCUUGAAGUUGUACCUUGAUAAUAUAAGUAUCAUACUAUGACAUAUGUUGGUACCUCCAAGCCUUUCUGUCUGCUGAACAGAAGCCAGUGGAGGAAUGGCCGAUCUGUGACUGUCUCAUCUCAUUCCAUUCAAAGGGGUUCCCACUGGAUAAGGCCAUCCACUAUGCCAAUUUGCGCAAUCCGUUUAUUAUCAACAAUCUUCAUAUGCAGUAUGAUAUUCAGGACCGUCGCAAGGUGUACUCAAUCCUGAAGGGUGAGGGAAUUGAAAUUCCUCGCUAUGCUGUACUUGACCGGGAUUCCCCUGACCCAAAACAUCAUGAAUUGGUGGAGUCAGAAGACCAUGUGGAAGUGAAUGGUGUUGUGUUCAACAAGCCAUUUGUGGAGAAGCCGGUCUCAGCUGAGGACCAUAACAUUUACAUCUACUACCCAACAUCUGCUGGAGGAGGUAGUCAAAGAUUGUUCCGUAAGAUUGGCAGUCGUAGCAGUGUGUAUUCCCCAGAGUCCCGGGUCCGUAAAACAGGAUCAUUCAUCUAUGAGGACUUCAUGCCCACUGAUGGGACUGAUGUCAAGGUGUACACGGUGGGUCCUGACUAUGCCCAUGCUGAGGCUCGUAAAUCACCUGCUCUGGAUGGCAAGGUGGAACGGGACAGUGAGGGGAAAGAGAUCCGCUACCCAGUUAUCCUUAGCAAUGAUGAGAAACUCAUCUCCAGGAAGGUGUGCCUUGCCUUCAAGCAGACUGUGUGUGGAUUUGACCUGCUUCGGGCAAGUGGAAAAUCAUUUGUGUGUGAUGUAAAUGGGUUCAGCUUUGUGAAGAAUUCAAACAAGUACUAUGAUGAUUGUGCCAAGAUCCUGGGAAACAUGAUCCUCCGGGAGCUUGCACCCACAUUACACAUUCCCUGGUCUGUACCCUUUCAGCUGGAUGAUCCACCAAUCGUACCCACAACAUUCGGAAAGAUGAUGGAGUUACGGUGUGUGGUGGCUGUCAUUCGUCAUGGUGAUCGGACACCCAAACAGAAGAUGAAAGUAGAAGUACGGCAUCCAAAGUUUUUUGAGGUAUUUGAGAAAUAUGAUGGAUACAAGGAUGGUCAUGUGAAGCUGAAGCGUCCAAAACAGUUGCAGGAAAUUCUUGACAUAGCACGUUCACUGCUAAAUGAGAUACAGCACAGAGCAGCUGAUCCUGAGAUUGAGGAGAAGCAGGGCAAGUUGGAGCAGCUCAAAAGUGUCUUGGAGAUGUAUGGACAUUUCUCCGGCAUCAAUCGAAAAGUGCAGAUGAAAUACCAACCUAAGGGCCGGCCUCGUGGCUCCAGCUCCGAUGAUGGUAAAGGUUUUAAUGCUCCCAAGGAGCCAUCAUUAGUGCUGAUCCUCAAGUGGGGUGGAGAACUCACACCUGCUGGACGCAUUCAGGCAGAAGAACUGGGGCGUAUUUUCCGAUGCAUGUACCCUGGUGGCCAAGCAUAUCCAUUGACUGCAUCUGAUACAGGUGAAUAUGCUGGCACACAAGGUCUGGGUCUUCUCCGCCUUCACUCCACAUUCCGUCAUGACCUCAAAAUAUAUGCCUCGGAUGAGGGCCAUGUCCAAAUGACGGCAGCAGCAUUUUCAAAGGGUUUGUUGGCUUUGGAGGGAGAGCUGACUCCUAUCCUGGUGCAGAUGGUGAAAUCUGCUAACACAAAUGGACUGCUUUACAAUGAUUGUGACUCUAGCAAGUACCAAAACAUGGCAAAGUCACGCCUUCAUGAAUUGAUGCAACAGGAUCGGGAUUUCACAGCAGAGGAUCGUGAGAAGAUUAAUCCUGGAAAUGCACUCAGCAUCUCCACUGCACUAGACUUUGUUAAGAAUCCUGUCAAAUGCUGUGAGCAUGUGCAGGACUUGAUUCAACGACUUAUGGAUAUUGUGCGCAUCAAGAAGGAUGAUACUAAGACCAAAGAUGCUGUUUUGUACCAUGGGGAGACAUGGGAAUUGAUGGGAAGACGCUGGGGCAAGAUUGAGAAGGACUUCUGCACCAAGAACAAGACUUUUGACAUCUCGAAAAUCCCUGAUAUUUAUGACUGCAUUAAGUAUGACCUGCAACACAACCAGCAUACUUUGCAAUUUGAGCAAGCAGAGGAGUUAUACAUCAAUGCCAAAUACUUGGCUGACAUUGUUAUCCCUCAGGAAUAUGGGCUUACAGUGCAGGAGAAGUUGAGCAUAGGGCAAGGAAUCUGCACUCCUUUACUGAAGAAAAUCCGAGCAGAUCUGCAGCGCAACAUUGAGGAAUCAGGAGAGGAGACUGUCAACAGACUGAACCCACGUUACUCACAUGGUGUAUCAAGCCCAGGACGACACGUGCGGACUCGCUUGUACUUUACCAGUGAAAGUCAUGUUCACUCACUACUAACUGUACUGCGCUAUGGUGGUCUGCUUGAUGUACGGAAGGAUGAGCAGUGGCGCAGAGCAAUGGAAUAUGUUAGCAUGGUGUCAGAACUCAACUACAUGUCACAGAUUGUUAUCAUGCUAUAUGAAGACCCUACCAAGGACCCUUCCUCUGAAGAGAGGUUUCAUGUGGAGCUUCACUUCAGUCCUGGGGUCAAUUGCUGUGUUCAGAAGAACUUACCACCAGGUCCUGGAUUCAGACCGCACAGCCGUAAUGAAUCUGUGGGCUCAAAGACUGUGGUGUGUAUGUCAGAAGCAGGAGGGGGCAGUGAGGAGGGUACAUCGUCAGGUGGAGUGCAGUGCGAGGGCAGUGAGAAGGGUUCAAGCCGUAUUGAUGAGGAGGAGCCCGAGUUAAACCUACUGGAUGAUGAGACUAGCUCCUCACACACUAAAGCUGAUUAUACUCCAGCACAAUCCGCAUCACCUGCCCCUUCAGAUGAGUCAUCUCUGUCAGAGAAACCGGAAAUGCAGCAGCAGGGAGCUCGACUUGUAUCCGAACCAAUCCCUAUAAGGGCACCUCCAGCCCAUGACCCACUGGACCUGGCUUCCCGAUUGUCAUCUGAGCUGGUGUCCCAACAUUCCCAGCGCAGUCUUUCCUACACAAGUGCCCGGGCCAUCAGCCCAGAGACAGAGCCUAGGGCACGCAGUUUUGACCACCGAGAUGAUUCAGGAGUAGAUAAAGUGGAUUCCUGCCACCUGUGCGUGCCACCACCAUGUGUGUCAUGUCGGGUGGCAGCUGUGCGCCUCUGUCACUCUCAUUCCAGUCCUAGUCUUCCCUCCCCAAGUCAUUCUCUUACCCUACCACCAGUCCCUAACACUCUCACUGUAGACCAGGGUUCGGCUGGUGGUACCAUGGUGGCAGUGGGUGGGCGGCGCCACCGCCACAGUAUCUCGGGCCAGAUGAGCUACUUCAAGAUGUUGGGAUUUGGUCCUGUGGUGGUAAUGGGAGCUGGAAAGAAGAUGUCUGGAGCUGGAACUGGUGGAUCAACCAGCAGCCUGUUCAGUACAGCUGUCAUCAGUGGAUCUUCGAGUGCACCUAAUCUGCGAGACAUGAUUCCCAACUCUGCUUCUGUUUCAACAAUUGAAGGAUGUGGGGGUGUUCCACCAAUCAGGCCGCUGGAGACCCUACACAAUGCACUGUCUCUGCGGCAGCUUGAUUCGUUCCUGGAGGUCAUGACGUCUGCCCCGCUGUUCCGAACGCCCACAUCUUCGCCUCCCAAGAAUCCAUCAACACCUCUCCCAUCUACUGCAUCAAUGCAACAUCCUCCUCUUCAUCUACAGUCACCCAGCAGCAGUCUUGUGUGGAGUGGGCCUCCUUCAUUUGUAUCAAGCAGUGGGCCAUCUUCUCCAAAUGGGAUGUCUGAUAUCUUCAUAUCACGUGGAACUGCAGAGAGCAGUGAGAUGUCACUGUCAGCCAGUCUUAUCAGUAAUGAUGGGUAUGGCGAUCUAACUGCCACUCUGGCCAACAUCUUCCCAACAAUGCUCAACCAGGACCUAAGCAAUGUGGGUAUCCUCCUAGAGGGCAGCACUGACUUCUACCCACAGCCUCAGGAGGAGGAACCAAGACAAAUUGUUGUGCCUGAGAAUGAAACUCUUCUUCAGUUCUCAGUCACCGGUGGUGAUAGUGGUGACAUUACUCCUGUAUCUGUGUCAGCCAGCUCCGAGUUUGACUUCACGUCUGCAGCCGAUGGCGCUCCCCAAUACAGUGGAGAGACAGAAGCCUCUGCUAGUACUGAUGUGGAUAUUACAGUCAUGGAUACAAAAGACAGUGAGAAGAACAAGGCUGUGCAGGAGGAGACAGGCAGGUCGGGUGGGUCAUCACUGCUUCUCAGGAGUGUGGAGACUCUUGGCAGGAAGGAGGCCACCAAGCUGGUAGGACAGUGGGUGCUGGAAAGCUCUACCACACUGGUGACAGUGGACCCCGCAGAGGAGGAAGACAGGACCAUCACCUCCUCCAUGACUGCAACCUCUCCUGCUCGCAAAACCAUCUUCCAGGUGUUUGGGAGCCCAGUGUCUAGGUAUCAGUCCAGCAAGACAGUGCUGGGCUGUGCAUCUCCAAAGCAAUGCACGGCAGUGCCCAUAAGGGAGGACAGCCUGGAGGUGUUGGAAGGGGGAAUCCUGCAACAUGUUCCCAUCAGCGUAAGCAAGGAGUGCCAGCUGUCAUCACCAGUUUCCACUGCAAGGGAAGGCAAGCUGGAGUCGUCAAAAAGUCCAGAGCACCACAGUCACACACCAGCAUCCGUUAGCCCUGUGUCCUCCAGCCCUUCUGAAUCAUCACCUUUAAGGAAUGCCACAAAUAGACAGAAUCUGCAAGAACCAAAACGUCCUCUAGUGUCUAGCUUCACAAAAGAAUACAAACAUUACACAUCCAGUAUUAGCACUACCAGGUCCCCACAGUCAGAUUCUGGUGGAAGUACAGAAGGUUCCUACAAAUCUGUCAAAGAUCCAGAAUCUGUAGGGAAGCUUCCAAGCAGUUUUUCUUGCUUUGGAGAAGAUACAUCAACAGCACUUGCAGCAGGUCUGGCAGAGGAAGGAUUUGGCUCACUGAGUAGGCAAAGGUUUAGUAAUGAGAAUGGUGUGAGCUCAGAAGAGCUAUUUGAAGAAGCAGUCCCAAUCCUUACUCUUGCCAGCAGCCUUACAGAUAAUUCCUCCAUAUCUAGGGGCUUUAACAUUAUGAAAGAUGAGGACAAAUAGCAGAAAGUGGAUUAAAAUCCCCCAAUUCUUGGAUCUUACAAACUGUAUGAUGCACAUUUUUCUUCAUUUGUAUGCAAUAUUUAUUGUUUCACUUUAUGUAUUCUGUCAUGAGGUCACUUACCCACAUGCAUCUUAUAAUAAGAAGUUGAACUUGUGGGUAAACAGGGCCCCAGAGACAUUUUGGUAGCAUGAUAUAUCAAAGAAGUAAAUAAUCUGGUGACAACUGUGACAUCAAUGGCUUGAGAAUGUGGAAGCUCAGUUGUGUUACAAUAUAAGACAUGCCUACAUAAGAUACUUAA